AUCGCCGGGCGCCCAGCUGGGGGGGCGCUGGGUGUGGGGCGGCUCCGGGGCCGGGGAUGGCGGCGGCCGCGGUUGCGGCGGCUCCGGGACGAGCGGGAGGAGCCCGGGAAGCGCUGUGAAAUGGGCCGGCUCCCAAGUCAGCCGGGAGGACACUUACUACAGCUGCUCAGAAGCACCACUGGAAGCUCAGAUGUGGGUGCCCCAGCCAGCAGCAGAGAGGGGUGCAGGGAAGCCACAGAGAAGCCCCUUCUGAUGCCCCAAGGAGCAAGCCGACCCAUUCCAGGCUCCAGGAACACCACAAAGCAAUAUGAAACCUGUUCAUGAGAGGAGUCAGGAAUGCCUUCCACCAAAGAAACGAGACCUCCCCGUGACCAGCGAGGAUAUGGGGAGAACUACCAGCUGCUCCACUAACCACACACCCUCCAGUGAUGCUUCUGAAUGGUCCCGAGGGGUUAUGGUGGCCGGGCAGAGCCAGGCAGGAGCCAGAGUCAGCCUGGGGGGUGACGGAGCUGAGGCCAUCACCGGUCUCACAGUGGACCAGUAUGGCAUGCUGUAUAAGGUGGCUGUGCCACCUGCCACCUUCUCACCAACUGGCCUCCCAUCUGUGGUGAACAUGAGCCCCUUGCCCCCCACAUUUAAUGUAGCGUCUUCACUGAUUCAACACCCAGGAAUCCAUUAUCCCCCAGUCCACUAUGCUCAGCUCCCGUCCACCUCGCUGCAGUUUAUUGGGUCUCCUUACAGCCUUCCCUACGCUGUGCCACCUAAUUUCCUACCAAGUCCCCUCCUUUCUCCUUCUGCCAACCUUGCCACAUCUCACCUUCCACACUUUGUGCCAUAUGCCUCCCUCCUGGCAGAAGGAGCCACUCCUCCCCCACAGGCUUCAUCCCCGGCCCACUCGUUUAACAAAGCCCCCUCAGCCACCUCCCCACCUGGGCAGUUGCCACAUCACUCCAGUACUCAGCCGCUGGACCUCGCUCCAGGCCGGAUGCCCAUUUAUUAUCAAAUGUCCAGGUUACCUGCUGGGUAUACCUUGCAUGAAACCCCUCCAGCAGGUUCCAGCCCAGUUCUUAUCCCUCAGGAGGGCCAGUCUGCUCUGGAAGCAGCUGCUGCCAAUGGAGGACAGAGACAACGAGAGCGAAAUAUAGUAAGACGGGAAAGCGAAGCCCUUGACUCCCCGAACAGCAAGGGUGAAGGCCAGGGCCUGGUGCCAGUUGUAGAAUGUGUGGUGGACGGACAGUUGUUUUCAGGUUCUCAGACUCCACGGGUAGAGGUGGCGGCGCCGGCGCACCGAGGGACCCCAGACACUGACCUUGAGGUCCAACGGGUGGUUGGCGCUUUAGCUUCUCAGGACUAUCGUGUGGUGGCAGCUCAGAGGAAGGAUGAACCCAGCCCCCUCAACCUAUCCCAUCAUACCCCUGACCAUCAGGGUGAGGGGCGAGGGUCGGCCAGGAACCCUGCAGAGCUGGCAGAAAAAAAUCAGGCCCGUGGGUUCUACCCGCAGUCCCAUCAGGAACCAGUGAAACAUAGACCUUUACCCAAAGCAGUGGUUGUAGCCAAUGGCAACCUGGUGCCCACUGGAACUGACCCAGGCCUGCUGCCCAUGGGCUCGGAGAUCCUGGUAGCAUCAAGUCUGGACAUGCAGGCCAGAGCCUCCUUCCCAGACAAGGAGCCAUCACCACCCCCCAUUACCUCCUCCCACUUGCCCUCCCAUUUCAUGAAAGGCGCCAUCAUCCAGCUGGCUACCGGGGAGCUGAAGCGGGUGGAGGACCUCCAGACCCAGGAUUUUGUGCGCAGUGCCGAAGUGAGCGGGGGACUGAAGAUUGACUCUAGCACGGUCGUGGACAUUCAGGAGAGCCAAUGGCCUGGAUUUGUCAUGCUGCAUUUCGUGGUUGGUGAGCAGCAGAGCAAAGUGAGCAUCGAGGUGCCCCCCGAGCACCCCUUCUUUGUGUAUGGCCAGGGUUGGUCCUCCUGCAGCCCUGGGCGGACUGCACAACUCUUCUCUCUGCCCUGCCAUCGGCUACAGGUGGGAGAUGUCUGCAUCUCUAUCAGUUUACAGAGCUUGAACAGUAACUCAGUUUCUCAGGCCAGCUGUGCUCCCCCAGGCCAGCUGGGUCCCCCCCGAGAAAGGCCUGAGAGGACAGUCUUGGGACCCAGAGAGCUAUGUGACAGUGAGGGGAAGAGCCAGCCGGCAGGAGAGGGCUCCCAUGUGGUAGAGCCCUCCCAGCCUGAGCCCGGUGCUCAGGCCUGCUGGCCAGCCCUGAACUUCCAAAGAUACAGCAUGCAAGGGGAGGAGGCACGGGCUGCGCUACUCCGUCCCUCUUUCAUCCCACAGGAGGUGAAGCUGUCCAUUGAAGGGCGUUCCAAUGCGGGAAAAUGAACCUGUUUCCCAGACCACGACUGGGGCUUGGCCCCAGAGCUGAGCCUCACUGUGAGCAGGCAGAGGAUUUGCACAUGCCGAGCAGGGAACGGCUCUCUUGGCAGUGAGAUUUGGGGCGAAAGGGGAGGCAUGAAGUCAGCCUCCCCAGGCAGGAUCUGUUGCUGAUUACUCCGUGGCAUCCUUUCAGCACAGCCCCCAGAGGGUGCUGUGUUGGGGAGCAGCAGGCCUGGGCCAGGGAAGGAAGGGGGUGCACACAGGAUAAGAAACAUUCCAAAAUCAGGGCCUCCCUGUUCUUUCCUCCCCAUCCCUAGCUCCUACAAGGGGAAGUCCAGGCUUUGGGAGCAGGUGGCAGAGGGAGGGAGUAUCGAAAGAGCCAAAAAUGAUGAUCCACAGCUUAUAGUAGCAGUUAAACUGUCAGAAGGUUUUUUUCUUUCUUUUUUUGUGUGGAAGGGCAGGAGGCCCCAAGGUUGGAAAUAAGAGGGUUCCCACCCAGAACCCUUCUUGUGAGAGAUGUGCACUUUAAAGGGUGACUUUGUUACAGAUGUCUGUGGCCGGGUCUGUGGGAGGAGCACUCAUCUAAGGACUCUGCUUGACCCUCUGCGUCACAGCCCUUCCCCGCCUCUCCUCACCAUUCCUGCUACAAUGCUUCUGGCAGCUGGGGGCAGGAGAGAGAGAAGCCCCUCCAGGGUUCAGACGGAAGUACCGCCUUGUUGGGGACCCAGUCAGAGAACUUUGGGAGAAAGGCCUGAUAGCCAGGCUGACUGAGUUCCGGACAGGGCUCUGGAAAGGUAGCUGACCUAACAGCUCCUCCAACUCAGCAUGCCAGACCUGCUUUGACAUUUCACUGAGUCUUUAGUUGGUAACGGUGACUUUUGAAAGAACCAGUGGACUCUUUUCCCUAGGCACCCACACCCCGCCUUCGUCUGUCUAUGUUGUGCCUAAGUGCCUGCGCUGCCCCCACCCUCCUGCCCUAACCUCUCUGCAUGGUGUCUUGACCUGGGCCUCACUGGUAGCUGCACUGCCUUUCCUCUUCUGCAACAUUGGUUUUGUCCACUCUGACCAAGAACUCUAGUUUUUUGGUAUGUAGGGGUCUCUCUGAUUUCCCCUUCAGCUGUAGUCUCCAUUUUUAAAGACUCAAUCAUGUCCCCUCCUCUUCACUGCCAAACAGCUUGGUGGAGAAACAAGAAGGGAACUGUGCCCUGGGCCAGGGCAAAUGCACCUGGCUGGCAGUGCCCAUCCUGGCAUUUUUACACAGCCUCUCCCAGCAUUCUGGCAUCUCCAAGGCGUCCCCUCCUACUGCCAGCUCUAAGAUGAUAGUCUUGAUGACAUUUCAAUACCUAAAGUGGAUUUCACCCUGUGGUGGUAUAUUCCUCUGCAAAGAGUAUUCUCAGUCUUAGUUGCAUUUGCCCCCCAUGUCUCAAGCCCACGUUUUUUUCUUCACAACUUUCAGCAUCAGCUCAGACUGUGGGGUUCCACUGGGUAUUGGGAAUUAGGCUCCCCCACUAGCUUUCAGGUGGGUGAGUGGUUUUUUUGUUUUUUUGGGGGUCUUUAGACUCUUGAAGGCAACUCAGGGUAUUAUCCACCCAGCUCUCUGGUUAGGCUUCUCCCAGGGUAUGAUCCUGGCAUUUCCUUUAUAGAUGUACUUGGACUGGCCGGGGCCCGACCUGUCGUCAGGAGUCCAAACCUCUGAGGUCUGAUCUCUGCUCUGUCAAAGACUUCAGGCAAGUCUCGUGACCUCUUGCUCUUUCACUUCCUCCCCAGCUGCCAAAUGGGGAUAAAUAGUCUUACCUACCUCCUGAGGGGAGGGGAAGUUCUGAGAAUGGAGUCAUUCUUAGUGUUCAGGUGCUAAAGGUUGUUCUCUUGGGGGGACAGAGUGACUGAAACUGGCUUGUUUGCUACAAGCCCGAUAGUCCAUGGUUUCAUUCCUUGAAAGCAGUUACCUGGUCACUCAGCUUUUCAGGGAGGGGAGGUGUCCAUCCAAAGGAAGCUGCUGACCUGACUGAGGGUACUUCAGUCUCCGGGUCAUGUCGGAGCAAACACCAACCUUGUACUGCGUUUGGGAUCAUGUCCUUUCCCUUCUCCGCCCCCCAUUAUCUCUCAAUGCUGCUUUCUCUGGUUUGUUUCCUACAGCGGGGGCCUGUGGGGUUGAGUCUUGAGGCAUCCCCUCAGAUGAGAGCCUUGGGAGAAGGCCCCAUCUCUGGCUGUUUCAUGAGCAACUCAUUCCUAGGGCUUAUUGUUUGCACGGGUUUCUCGCAAGCGUCCUUCCUCAUAGGAAGUCUCAUCAGCUGAAUAUGGUGACAUGCACACAGUAGAUGCUCAAGAAGCAUCCACAAGGACACCACCUGAGCUUCUUCCUUAUGGGAGCAAAGCUGUAUCUAGUCAGAUACCAGCCUAGUAGUUUAAAUCAAAUCACCCUCCACUUGGGCCAGUUGUGACUUUCCAGCCAGGUAACUCCUGCUGAAUCCUGGAAAGAGAUUCUUGAGGAACUUGGCAAGUUGGGCCCUGACCUUUCUGCUGCUGUUCUGUCUCUUGCUGGUAAAGCAGUACCAGCAGCUCCCAUGAUAUCGUGCCAUGCAUAUGUAACAUAUUAAUACUUGAUUUUGCUGAGUUGCAAAGGUAUCUUUCAUAAAGUAUGGUCCCCCAGGAAGAGAAGGCCUGGGCUUGAAAUCUUGGUCAGAGCUGUGGCAUUCCCCUUGUCUUUUCCCUCUGGUUCAGUCUUUUCUUCCAGGCACGAGAAAUAAGAGUAACCUGUGGUGUGUCCAUUCUUCCUUAUAGGAAUUUCCUAAGUUUGCAAGAGACUUGAGAGUGGUUUUAAGAGAGUGAUCAUUUUAGUGGGGAAGUUGUGAGCUUUUUGGGAAUGGGCAGUUGAUGAAGGCCAGAGCCAGUCCCUUUUCAGUGGUAGGACAUUCUCGGAGCUUCCAGGAUAGAAGGGAGGACUGCUCACUCUCUGGCACUAUACAGAAACGUCCAUACCAAUUUGGGAGAAGGGGAACCCAGUAAAGGAGGGUAACAACCUAAGUCUUGAGUCAUCAUUCCUUUCAAGAUUACCGUACAUGGGGGAGCGGGUGGCACGGGGGAACCGGCUCUGGGAGUUAAGAGCUGAGUGUUUGUACCUGAGGGGAGGGGCCCCAGGAGAUCUGGACUGACCCUUCCAUACUCUUGGUCCCAGUUGGUCGUAACACCAAGGACUUUGCUCUGUGCUGCUUUGCCACUGCUGCUGUCUGCUCAGUGUCCUGCCUGCUAUCCUCUGGAGCUCCCAGUCCUUUCAUGUCUUCGGCCAUGUAGAUUGAGUCCAGGCAUCCUGUUCUUUCUUACCUGUGUUGUACCAGUGUUAUUUUAUGGCAAAGUCAUAUUGAAUAGGGACGGUAUGAAAUGCUGCUGGUGGGCUGGCAAAUCCAAAGGGAUAUGGCCUCAGUGCUGUCAGGAGCCCUUUGGCUCCAAAUGUCUGCCUGUCUUGAGGGAGAAACAUGUAGGUCCUAUUAGUGGGUGUUUUCUGUAGUAUUAACUUCUUUCCUUUAUGGUAUCUUGUAUCCUGUUUUAAAAACUGAGUGAGGGGGAACCACAUUAGGGCCUGUGCCGCAUCCCAGCAAGGUUCAUCUAGUUCCAGUUACGCGGACUCUGGGGUUGGGAGAAGGUUUAAAGUUUGGCUGAAAUAGCUGCUCAAGUGGGGUUUAAUUUUAUUUUUACCAGUGGGCAUCAUAGGUGAUUUAGGGGGAAGUACAGGAUGGUAGUGUGAUUUAAACCUGCAACAGCAGGCAUGGAAGAGUUGAGCGUUCACACUGGAGAUGAAGGUGGACAUGGGUUGACUAGGAAAGGGCCUGGGUCCAUUGGAGUAAAGAUAACCUGAGGAAUUGGCCGUGGGAGAUUUGGUCACAGUCUUAUAAACAAAGUAAAUAGGACAGAGGCCAAGUUUUAGGGAGACGUCUUGGCCUCCUGGGGCUAAGCUGACUAAACCACACUGAAGCUACAGUACCUUUCAGAUGGGAAAAAGUGUACACUACAGUUGAAGAGCUGAACCUUACUAGGUUGGAUGUUGAUCAGUAACCUAUUAGCCCUUUGCUGGGAAGCCUUCACCCUCCAGCUUCCCUGGGGUAGGGAAGGUCUCCCACAUUAUGCAAUAAUAAAAUAAGCAUCUGGGUCUUAGCAGCUGUCAGUUGCUCUUUCAACUCUAGGAUCCAUCUUUGGACCAGAAGCCUGGUCUGGGCCUAGGAUGCCACUGGCCCUUGAGAUGCUGGAGUUGAUUGCACUCUCUCCUUACCUGCAGACUAUGCACAGUGCCUGGGGCGGAAGGAGGAGAGGUGUUGCGGUUUGCCCUGCUGCCUCCCCAGCAGGAACAGUAGUCAUAAAUGCACUUUUCACACUAAAGUUUUCUUUAUUAGUUCUCCUGUUAAGCCUAGAUCCCUCCCUGGUAGAUUGCAAACUCACGUCUGUGUGAUCCCAAAGCCACUCACUGCAAAUGCCCGGCAGUGAAGAUGGCCUGAAAUUGGGUUCCUGUCUGCAGUGUGUGUGGCAGCAGCCCAUGUGCCUUUACCCAUUGUCAAACUUGCAAGCAUUUAUUUCUGUCUUUAUGACUGUCACGGGGACUGAGGUUCUUCAGAGAGAGAGAGAGAGCUGAUGACACAGUGGUUUUACACCCACCCCCUUGGACAGGGAGUUUGCACGUAUUUGUGAGCUGUGAGUGGUUAGUACAGUUGCUGGUAUUGCUGAAGGCAGGGUUGAUCCCUCACUUGCUUGAUACUUGCAUUCAAGAGAAUCUAGAUUGUGUUGGGGGAGAGGCUGUACUCAUGGCAGACUUGAAGUCCCCAACAACCUUCCUAGUCACACAGGAUCCCUGUAGCCAAAACAGUAUAUGUUCCAGCUGCAGAGAGCAGACUGCUCUCAGCUUGCACAGCACCUUAGGAGAGGGAAGAAUAUAUGGAUAGGGAAUGGGGUGGAGAAAGGAUGGGAAUGUUGUCAUCUGGGCGGCUUUAGGGUCCUACAGAGUGGAGAAGGAUGGCACUGGGGAGGUCUGGAUGGAUCUGGUUUGUGUAGGAGUUCCCUGUAGAUAAAUUACUGAUCCCCCAACUACUAUCCCCAGUAUGUAAUGGCUGAAUUAAUAUGUAAUCAACUGCAUUGUAUCUAAAGCCUUAGAACUAGUCAGGUGCUCCCCCACCCAACACCAUUUCUUACCCUCUAAUCCUACCUGAUCUUUAACAAAGCAUUAAUAAUUCUAAGGAUAAUCUCUAUUUUGUUGUGCUUUUUUGUAACUGUUUUAAAUAAAUCAAUUUGUACUGUA